AUGGUUCGUCGGAGCAAGAUCGCUAGGUGGUUAGAAUUCGAAUCUAUUGACCGGAAGGUCCGUGGUUCAAACCCGAUUUCUGUUUCUCGGCUUCCUCUGUCUAGGCUUGGGCAACCCAGCCCUCGUGCUUUCUUCUGGUUGCAUGUCACGAUGGGAGUUCUUCAAAGACUGGGCCAACUGUUUGCUUACCAUUUUUCAACUUCUCGUCGGAUUGAGUGCACUGCUAAAUCUUUUGGAACACAGAACUCCCCACGGGGCCGCUCUGACUUUGGUAGUCAUGUUUAUCUCUUGGUUCAACUUACUGCUGCAGCUGCUGCGGUCGUUUAUGAUGCAAGCUUGGUUCCGGACAACUCAGAUAACUCUCAUUUGAUCAGCAUGCCAAAACACCGCCUGCCGAUACGAGUGUUGUUUUCUGUGCCUCCUUCAGAAUGGCGAAAACCGCGCAGUGGACAACGUUUGAGUUGGCAUAAGGGUGUGAAAGAGAUUACAAGAGUCUGCGUGUUGUUGGUGUCGUACCAGUCUAUCGGAAUAUUUGUGAUCAUGUUUUUGCAAGUAAGCACGACUAUCAUGAAAUCAGCCUCCGUUUUGAGCAUACUGUUUUUCGCUUUCGCGGUAACGUUCCACAAGCUUCUAACUCUCCCAGAAGAACAGGAAUUCGACGAAUCCCCGCAAUUCUUGAAAAACCGUCUAGCCUAUUGCUUCCUCGGAUUCGAACAUUUGAACCACUCGACAACGAAUCGUCCGGAUGUGGAUCUGUCAAUGAAAGUCUACGCAAAUAUGGGACUUGCACUCUUCCAGACGUUAAUGAUGAUGGUUGGUGAAUAUGAACACACAGAGGUCAUCACAAAACCGUACUUGGACACUCAAGCUUCGACCAUUUACAUUCCCGAACUAACCUUCCCGUUUUUCGCAUUGUUCGUGUUCCUGGUGCCGAUCUCUUUGAUGAAUUUGAUGAUUGGACUAGCAGUCGGUGACAUUGACAAAGUUCGUCGUUCUGCCACACAGCAGCUAAUUGCCCAACAAGUCUACUGGCUAGAAACUCUUGAAGCCCGAUGUCCCAUGUGGUUGUAUCGACGUAUCUACGUACCAUUCUGGAUCAGAAGACCGGCAGCCACCAUAAAAAAGCGGUUUCGUUUGAAUGUGUAUUAUCAAGUGAGAGAGAGAUGGCUCAAGUGGUUAGAGCGCGAAUUUACUGAUCGGAAGGUCAGUGGUUCGAACCCGACCUCUGCCUCUUGA